CUUUCUCCCUCUCUCUCUCUCUCUCUCUCUCUCUCUGUGAAGUCAUCAGCUUCCUUUCUUUCCUUUUCUCUUCUGAAUUCAUGGAUACUGCUCAAUGGCUGCAGGGAAGUGGAGAACUUGAGAAGCCCAUGGAAGAUCAUGAGAUGGGAUCCAAUGGAUGCACAAGGUCAGUGUUGGAGAAAAGGGCUAGACCUCAAGAGCAAUUGAAUUGUCCAAGGUGCAGUUCAACCAACACCAAGUUUUGUUACUACAACAACUACAGCCUCACUCAACCAAGGUACUUUUGCAAGACAUGCAGAAGGUAUUGGACUGAAGGUGGAACUCUCAGAAAUGUCCCAGUUGGAGGAGGUUCAAGGAAGAACAAGAAAUCCACAUCCUCAUCGGCUUCAGUAUCGUCAAAGAUUACUAUUCCUGAUCUUAACCCACCAACAACCCUUUCACACUUUUCAUCAUCUCACCAAAACCCUAGGGUUACCCAUGAAGGCCAAGAUCUUAACCUGACCUUUGAUUCUAUAGAUGCACAUUACCAUGGUACUACAAUGGAAAACAACAACAGUACCAAUUCCUCAUCAGCUCCUAAUCUUUCAGCUAUGGAGCUUCUUAGGACUGGCAUUGCUUCUAGAGGUGUGAAUUCAUUCAUGCCAACCCAGAAUAUGCCUGAUCAUCAUUCAAAUACAGUACUCUAUCCACCAUCAUCAGUAGGGUUCUCGCUGCAAGAAUUCAAACCAACAAGCCUUGGUUUUUGUGUUGAUGGGCUUGGAAAUAGGUAUGGAGGGGAUGAUCAUGAGAAUGUUAAUGGUGGAAGGAUAUUGUUUCCAUUUGGGGAUCAUCACUUGAAACAGAUUUCAAGCACUGCAGGUCAUCAUGAAGUACUUGAUCAUCAUCAGAACAAGGGGCAAGGGAACCCAACAGGGUAUUGGAAUGGUUUAUUAGGUGGAGGCUCGUGGUGAUGAUUAAAUAAGUGAAGGAUCGGAUGAGGGAGAAAAAAAGACAAGAAAGAAAGUGUAUGUUCACUUUUAGUUUCUUCCUUUUUUAUUUUUUUUGCCCUUAAAAGUUGGGUUACUUAUUUGAAGUUGUUCAGAACUAACAGAUAGGAUAAAAUGUGGUUUCUAAUUUGUUAAUAUAUAUAUAUAUAUAUAUAUAUAGAUAUAUAUAUGUAUGUAUGUAUGUAUGUAUUCCUCUCCUUUCUUAUUUUGGAUUGGCUUUCUACAAGAGGGUUUUGUAAAUCCAGUACUUGAUAUCGAGUAGGGGAUAUAGAAGAACAAAUGAAUGUAAGGCUCUUGGAAACGUGACAUGCAUUCAUGCAUUCUUCUAUCAAGUCCAGGACAUGCAUUUGAUAAUGCACUUGUUGUAUUAUUUUAUAGACUUGUUGAUCUAGUUAAUGUACUAGUGUAUCAGUUGCGCACUUGCGCUUUCCCUUUU